UCCUGCUGCUCACUCUCGUUGCUUUUGGAUUUAAAAGAAAAAUAGAUUAAAAAAAAAAAAAAAAAAAAGGAAGAAACUCGACCUCAGUUACCUCUCUACGACAGUCGAUCAAAUGUGUGUGAACUUCAUCAGUCGGCAGGAGAAGCUGCUGGUCAACUUGCGGUAGUUUAGACCACAACUCGACAUGAUGACUCGGAUUUUCUGGGACACUAUUUUCCUCAUAAGCGGUUCCUUCUUCACAUUUGGAGCAGGGCCGAGCAAUUCGACGAUUAUUGAAGCGAGUAUAUCCAUCGAUCCAAACUCCACCACUGCUCCGAACACCUCAACAAGCAGCUCUGCAGCAACCAGCAGCAGAAGCUCCACAACGGCUGCACCUACUACAACAACUAACAUCCCAAUAGUUACAAGUUCCGUCUUUGCAUUUGAUGCAGAACCGACUAGUUCGACAAUUAUUGAAGUGAGCAUUCCCAUUGAUAAAAACUCCACUGCUGCUCCUAACACCUCAACCACCACCACCACCACCACCAGCAGCACAACUACCACAACUGUUACACCGACUACAACAACUAACAUCCCUCCAGUGAAAAAGUUUGUGGCAGCAGCUGUUCGCUCUCAUUUUGACGACUGUCCGGACUCUCACCGCCAUUUCUGCUUCCACGGAACAUGUCGCUUCCUGAUAUUAGAGGAGACGCCUGCAUGUGUGUGUCAUCCAGGCUUCGUCGGGAUGAGGUGCGAGCAUGCAGACCUGCUCGCUGUCGUAGCAACUAAUCACAGACAGCAGACCGUCGCCACGGUGCUGGUGUUGUGUGUGAUCGGGUGUGUUCUCAUCAUGGUGUUGUGUACCCUUUUACAUUGCUGGUGGAGGCAGGACUGUCGCAGGCGGAGCUACGCUCAUCACUACGUCCCAGAGAAGCACGGAGCAUCCCGCCAUCCUUCUGAGAGUGUGGUUUGAGAAGACAUCUUGCUGGAAUAUGAGCCUUUGGAUCAUGGCGUGUUUAGUUUUUCUCCUCUGUCCGGCCCACAAAUCUUUAGGAUUGCAUCCAAAGUGGUGCACAUGUUCUGAUGAAGCAACCCUGGCUGGAGAUGAGGGAGGAAACAUUAUCGUCGGUGUGGCUCAGGUAGGCCUGCUGGAUGUGGGAGGUUAAAUGCUCCAUGACAUUUUUGAGAACAGUAGGAACGUGUUUACUUCACACUUUGAUUCUGUGGAAAUACACGCAGAACUGCAACAGUCUCUUUGAAGCUCUGAGGAUGAAGCUCAAGGGGAAAGCUCGGCGUGUCCUGAUUACUGUUUAUGGCUGGCCUAGUGGACGAGAAAUAAUCUACGAGGCCAUUAAUCAUCCUGUGUGGAUGUCCAAUAGGAAAUGUGUUUAUUUUGGGCUGCCGGACAACAAUAAUUCAUUCAAGUCAGAAGACCCCAAUUCCUAUUUUUGUCUUUUAAUAACUUUGAGCACUUUUCAUCUGAACUCUACAAGCACAGAGGACAUUUUAAAGAAAUGAUGGUGGGGGGGAAACUGAUGCUUUAAAUAAGUUUUAGUGUCUGCUUUUAAAGACUCACUUCACCUGACAGGAGUAGGAAUUGUUAAACGGAUUGACUUCUAAUGGAUUAAAAUCCCUGGACUUAUAGAAUUUAAAAUUGUUCCAACAUGGUUUUGAUAAUUUGAUGACUCCAGUAUUGCUACUGAAGAGGAAAUAUUUGUCAGUUUUUUAUUAUUUUUUAUUCCUGAGCUGUACUUGAAUGUGUUCAUGCAUCAGAGGUGUUUUUGAUUUGCGAGCUAUAACUGUAUCAACACAUGCACAUUAUACCACAGUCCUCUUGUA